AUGUUUAAGAAGCCGCCACAGCCAAAGCCUUCAGCUAACAUCAAAUCCUCUGAAAGGCGCAAUCUCCUAACCUCAAUAUGUACUGAAUAUGACAUUGAAAAAGCCAGUUUAUCCAAAGAAGACGAGCAUGCUCUCCUUCCAGCAACCAUCAAGCAAAGCUCAUACCAAAGUAUCCAAGGCCAUAAAGGAAUAAUUUACUAUGACACAGAAGAAAAGCCACUAUGGUUCAAACCAAGGGAUCAUCCAAUUUAUCCUACCAUAUAUACAUUGUGGAAAGGCGCUUACCUUCUUCCAAUCAUUCUCACUAACGAACCUACCAUCGAGCGGUUGAUGAAUUUUGCCAAUUUGAUGUUACCUGGUUGCAUACCGCCCUUCGACAAAAGAGCCACAAAAGGAACCCUAGUGGGUGUCUCUUGCUACAAGAAUCCAACGGUGAUCAAAGCAAUUGGCCAUUGCUCUCUCAACAUGACCCAGUUUGAUGAUGUGGUGGACAGAAGAGGCGUCGCUGUCACAAUAAUCCAUUCUCUUGAUGACGAGCUUUUCAAAUUGUAUGACCGCGACGUCGUCAUCCCUUCUGAGGUAAAUAAUGUGAAGCCUCUGGCAAUCGACUCCACCACUGAAAGUAUUGCUGAGGUUUCUCUCGCAGACGAGACAGCAGCACAGGAGAUUGGAGAGCAGCCACCUAGAAAUGAGACCCCACUUGAACAAGGAAACGAAACCGAUAUUACAGAGGAAGAACUUGCAAUUGAGGACAUCGAUAAUUUCUUCAUCAGAGCCUUCAUUCAGUGCGUCAAGCAAUCGAAAAUCGAAUGCCCAAUAACUGCAUCCAAAAUCAUGUCUGAGAUCCUCAAAUGCUUCCCUCGCAUGGAUCCCAAGUAUUGCAACAUCAAAAAGUCGUCGUGGAAAAAGACUGCAAAGUACCUUAAAGCCUUGGAAAAGAUGAACUAUCUUACUUUGAAAGGGAAAGGUGACGAUGUAGUUGUGACUGCCAUCACAAUUAGCCCAGAAGUUGUGGCCAACUUUGUACCGCAUAAAACCAUGGAGGAUUCGAAGACUGGACCAACUCCUAGCAAGAAGGACUCUGAAAAAAAGUUAUCUGUCGUGUCAUUGUACAAGCCAAAUAACAAAGCAAGAAUGAUCUUCAACAAAUUAGAUAAAGAUUUCCAAAGGCUAUAUACGAAGCAGGAACUCAAAACAAUCUUGAACGAGUACAUCAAGGUUUCACUGUUGCCAAACAAAAACAACCCCAAGAUGAUACGCUUGGACGAAGUAUUGUUAUCCUUAAUUGGAGGUACCGAGGAAUCACUCCCUCGUGAUAAACUUUUUGAUGCGUUUUUGAAGAAAUUUUCAUCUAAUUACUGUGUCUUGAGUCCAGGAGAGGAGAUGAGUAGAUCUACCCCUGUUCACAAGGGGGAACCCCCUAAGGUGAAGAUUCUUACGCAAAAUGUUUUGGGACGUAAGAAGACAACCAGCAUUGUGAACUUCGAAACUUUCUUUAUCAAGCCCCAAAUAUUAGCCGAAGACUUAAAGAACUUGUGCUCAGGCUCUACGGCUAUCAAUCAAUCUGUUCACAAUCCUGCUCUUACUGAGGUUAUGGUUCAAGGCCCCCAUGGACCAGCUAUUGUCGAUUAUUUGAAGAAUAAAGGCGUACCAAUAGCGUUUAUCGACUUUGAAGAUAAGAGCAAAGGAAAGAAGCGAAGAUAA